UUCAAACUCACAACGUACAGCUUUGAUAACAGUCACGCUUCAUUGUACCUCUGCUAGUGUACGGGUGCGUACAAACGCUGCCUUUAACUUUAAUUUGUUUACUUUGUAGUUUAGCUACAAGCUAAUUAACUUAAGCAUUGACAGGUUAGCUUAGCCCGCUAGCUAACAACAAGCAGGCGUCAAUCGUGUGAACUAACCGCUGUGGAAAAGUGACUUAUUGAAGUACCUUUUCAUUUUCUGUUUUGACAAGUCACCAUGGUGGAGCCAGUCCCUGAGUCCCUCAACUUUCCUUCCGAGGAGGAGAAGAUCUUGCAGUUAUGGCAAGAAAAGGACUGUUUCCAGGAAUGCCUCAAACAGUCUAAGAACAAGCCCAAGUACACAUUCUACGACGGCCCUCCUUUUGCCACAGGUCUACCCCACUAUGGGCACAUCCUAGCUGGCACCAUCAAGGACAUUGUUACUCGCUUUGCGCACCAGAGUGGCUUCCAUGUGGACCGGCGCUUUGGCUGGGACUGUCAUGGCCUGCCUGUGGAGUAUGAGAUUGACAAGACUUUGGGGAUUAAAGGGCCUGAAGAUGUGGCUAAGAUGGGCAUCGCUGAGUACAACAAGCAGUGCAGAAACAUUGUCAUGAGAUACGCCAAUGAGUGGGAGGUUUCAGUAAAGCGAAUGGGAAGGUGGAUUGACUUUAAGAACGACUACAAGACUCUCUACCCAUGGUUCAUGGAGACUGUCUGGUGGGUGUUCAAACAGCUGUACGACAAGGGUCUGGUUUACCGAGGUGUCAAAGUCAUGCCUUUCUCCACUGCCUGCAACACCCCCCUGUCCAACUUUGAGGCCAACCAGAACUAUAAGGAUGUACAGGACCCAUCCGUGAUUGUCAACUUCCCAUUGGUCGAGAAUGAGGACGUGGCUUUGAUCGCCUGGACGACCACACCAUGGACACUGCCAAGUAACCUGGCCCUCUGCGUUAACCCGGAGUUCUUGUAUGUCAAGGUCAAAGAUAACACCACAGGCAAAACCUACAUCAUGAUGGAGGCCAGGCUGGGAGCUCUGUUUAAGUCGGAGAGCGAGUACACUCUCCUGGAAAAAUUUCCUGGCAAGACGCUGAAAGGGAAAAAAUACAAGCCCCUUUUCCAGUACUUUGCCAAGUGUGGGGAGAAAGGAGCUUUCCAGGUGGUGAUGGAUAACUAUGUCAAGGAGGAAGAAGGCACAGGAGUGGUCCACCAGGCACCUUACUUUGGAGCUGAUGAUUACAGGGUGUGCACUGAAUUCAACAUCAUCCAGAGGGACCAGGCUCCUAUCUGCCCUGUGGAUGCCUCGGGCUGCUUCACUUCAGAGGUCACUGACUUUGCGGGACAGUAUGUCAAAGAUGCUGACAAGCAUAUCAUCAAGUGGCUGAAGGAGAAGGGCCGCCUUGUCAAUGCCAGCACGUUCAAACAUAAUUACCCCUUCUGCUGGAGGUCUGACACGCCCCUGAUCUACAAGGCCGUCCCCAGCUGGUUUGUUCGAGUGGAGCACAUGGUGGAGAAACUACUGGACAACAAUGACAAAUGCUACUGGGUUCCAGAGUUUGUGCGUGAGAAGCGUUUCGGGAACUGGCUGAGAGACGCACGGGACUGGGCAAUUUCUAGGAACCGUUACUGGGGAACACCGAUCCCUCUCUGGGUCAGCGACGACUUUGAGGAGGUGGUGUGUGUCGGGUCCAUGGCUGAACUGGAGGAACUGACCGGAGUCAAAGUAACUGAUCUCCAUCGGGAGAGCAUUGACAGUCUGACAAUCCCCUCGCGCUGUGGUAAGGGUGUCCUGCGGAGGGUCACAGAGGUGUUUGACUGCUGGUUUGAGAGCGGCAGCAUGCCUUACGCCCAAGUCCACUACCCUUUCGAAAACAGGAAGGAGUUUGAGGACACUUUCCCCGCAGACUUCAUCGCCGAAGGCAUUGACCAGACGAGGGGAUGGUUCUACACCCUCUUGGUGCUCUCCACAGCUCUGUUUGGCAAACCGCCCUUCAAGAAUGUCAUUGUUAACGGUUUGGUACUCGCUAGCGAUGGACAGAAGAUGAGUAAGCGUAAGAAGAACUACCCAGAUCCAGGACUGAUAGUGCAGAACUAUGGAGCCGAUGCCCUCAGACUGUACCUCAUCAACUCUCCUGUAGUGAGAGCUGAUAACCUGCGUUUCAAAGAGGAGGGAGUGCGAGACGUGUUGAAGGAUGUCUUCCUGCCGUGGUAUAAUGCCUAUCGCUUCCUGGUGCAGAAUGUACAAAGGUUACAGAAGGAGGAUGAGAUUGGGUUCAUGUACAACGAAAACACGUCAAAGCAGAGUGACAACAUCAUGGACAAAUGGAUUCAGUCCUUCACACAGUCCCUCAUCCAGUUCUUCAAGGCUGAGAUGGAUGCAUACCGCCUGUACACUGUUGUGCCUCGCCUGGUCAAGUUUGUGGACAUGCUCACCAACUGGUAUGUCAGGACCAACAGACGUCGUCUUAAGGGAGAGAGUGGCACUGAGGACUGCCUGUGGGCGCUGGAAACCCUCUUCAGUGUCCUGUUCUCCAUGUGCAGGCUGAUGGCCCCCUUCACACCCUUCAUUACAGAGAUGAUGUACCAAAAUCUGCGUCACCUCAUCGACCCCGCGUCUGUCGAAGAGAAGGACAGUGGCAGCAUCCACUAUCUAAUGCUGCCCCAAGUCAGGGAGAGUGUGAUUGACAAGCGCAUUGAGAGUGCUGUCUCACAGAUGCAGUCUGUGAUUGAGCUGGGCAGAGUGAUCCGAGACAGGAAGACCCUGCCCGUCAAGUAUCCAUUGAAGGAGGUGGUAGUUAUUCACCAGGACCCAGAGGCACUCAGAGACAUCCAGUCCCUGCAGAAAUACAUCCUGGAAGAGCUUAAUGUGCGACAGUUGACAUUGUCAACAGACAAGGACAAGUACGGUAUCAGUCUGAGAGCCGAGCCGGACCACAUGGUGCUGGGCAAGAGACUGAAAGGGGCCUUCAAAGCUGUCGCUGCUUCCAUCAAGGAGCUCACCAGCGAACAGCUAGAGUCCUUCCAGAAGACAGGAUCCAUCAUGGUGGACAGCCAUGAGCUUCAUGAGGAGGACCUCAGGCUGAUGUACACCUUCAACCAGAGCUCUGGCUCAGCCGCACAGUAUGAAGCACACUCUGAUGCACAGGUCCUGGUGCUGCUGGAUGUCUCCCCAGACCAGUCCAUGUUGGACGAAGGCGUUGCCCGUGAGGUCAUCAACCGCAUUCAGAAACUACGCAAGAAGGGCCAUUUGGUGCCUUCAGAUGAAAUAACUGUUUACUACCGCUGCCAGCCAGAGGGGGAGUACUUGGACUCUGUGAUCCAGGCUCACACUGAAUUUAUCCUGGCUACCACCAAGGCUCCACUGUUGCCCUUCCCUGUCCCUAAGACCGCCAGCGUCAUCAUAGAAGAAAAGACUCAGCUGAAGGGCUCAGACUUAGAGUUAACCAUAGUGAAGGGAUCUUCAGCCCCUCGAGCUGCUCUAAAUGGACCAGCUUGCACCUAUGUGAACAUCAGGGUGAAGGUCAAUAACAAAGAACAAGAGGGGGUUGUGCUGUUGGAGAACCCCAAAGGGGAUAACAGACUAAACUUGGACAAGCUGAAGAACGUGUGCAGCAGCAUCUUUGGAACUAAUAACACCAGGCUCAGAUUCUUCAAUAACGGGACUGAGCUGACCAGCAAAAUAGACCUUCAGGCUCUGAGCGGUAAAACUUUGUCAGUGACUUCAGGCUCAUCCUCCCCUGGCCCCGCACCCGCCCCCACCCCCGACACUCUCCUAUGUCCAUACGUGAACUUGCUGCUCUGCAAUGCACAACCAGCUGAGUGCCAGACAGGAGAGGUGGGCACCCUCCUGCUGGUGAACCCAGUGGGCCAGAAUGGGCUCGACUACUCGGGCCUGCUGUCUGAGACCGCCAAGGUUUUUGGCCUUCGCAGUAGACGGCUCAAACUCUACCUGGACCAGGACCUCACCCAGGAGCUGCCAGCUGAUUCGUCGGUAACAUCUCUAGACAACAAAACUCUGUUUGUGAGAGUUAUUCCAACAACUGCCGAAGCAUAAAUCCAGAGAACCCAUCUUGGCAGUUUUUUACUGCUAAAAUCCCACCUAUAGCCCCUUUGAUGUACAGUGUAGUCAUUACAUGAAGUGGUGUCAUUUAGAUCAGAUGCUUCUUUUGGAAAUCCUGAUGCAGAGCAGGCUUGUCUGUCAAAUUCAGAACUGUUAAUCCAUGUAGUCACUAUCACCCAUUUCUUAAGGCGCCCUCAGGCACAAACUUGGCGUCCCUUAAUAGGUCUUGACAUUUCUGUGUUUUUUUUAACUUGUUCAAAGAUGCUUACAAUACUGUCUUAUUUCCCUCAUACUGUCUUUAAUUUGUGACUGUGACAGUUUUCUAAGAAAGUUUACUCUGGACAAAGCAAGGGAUUUGCAUUAUUUCUUCACUCGAAAGUGGAUGCACUUCAAGAACAGUAUGAUUGUUCAUACAUAACAGCUAAACAGACCCACUGGACCGUCUAAUAGAAUCAAAACCAGAUAUCGAACUAUCCAGAAAUAUAUGCCAGUUUGUAUUUAUUCCAGUCAUGUUUUAGUAACUCUUCUUGAAAAAAAAGAUUCCAGGGAUCUGGCUAACCUUUCUAGCUGCCAUUAUUACUGAAGGGUGUUUUUUCUUUAUUAUGCUAAUGAUAAAAAUUAUGCAAGCUACUUUCCUUCAAGGUUUAUUUGAGGUGAGCUUAGUAAUUAUUGCUGUGGCUCAUAAUUAUGAAACCAAUUUGGCCUAUUGUGCUUACACACAAUUUAGAAUUUAACAGAUAAACCUGUUCUGUUCAUUGCAUUGGGAAUCCUUUAACAAUUGUAAAGGCAUUUAAAAGGUGAAAUGGAUUUUUAGGCUGCUGUACCUUCAGGACAAAAGGGUUGUCUAAUAAAAAGAGCAACAAAUGGAUAAUGUACUCUUUUAAGUGACAAAUGGAAUAAAUCAAAGGUGACCAAGAA